AUCAAGCAACAACCUUCCUGCCAUUCCAUCAUGUACCACCAUUGGGCCCCCCUUUGAAGUGUCUUGAGCAUCUCCUAUUUAGAGUUAGCAAGCUCCUCCCCUUCUGAGAUCCUGAGUAUCAGGAGCUUCUUACUGGUGGAAGGUUAUUAAAUUCCCAGCACAGACUGGCUAACUCUGAUCACUCAGGGCAUCUCUCAGCACAAGAAAACUUACUGGAAGCAGGGUCUCUUUUGGGUCACCGGUUCAGCCCAGCUAGCUUGAUCUGAGUGUGACACCGCCAGCAUGACCAAAAGCACUGGGGAGAAGGCGCGGUCGCGCAAUCGCGUACAGCAGAUCCGAGAGGGAAUUCACCUGCGAUCCCUAAAGGCAAGGAAGAAAGUGGAGGACAUCACUAAAGAUGACGUGAAGACCUUUCUGAGAAAAAAUGCUUUUGUGCUCCUCACCAUUGCAGCCGUGGUCUUUGGUAUCCUUGAUGGGUUUUGCUCUGAGGUCAUACAAGAUGUCAUACAGAGAAGUGAAGUAUUUUUCCUUUCCUGGUGAACUAUUGAUGCGUAUGCUGCAGAUGUUAGUGCUUCCCCUUCUAGUCUCAAGUUUGAUUACAGGCAUGUCAGCAUUGGACAGUCACGCCUCUGGAAAGAUGGGCAUGCGUGCUGUUAUAUACUAUAUGACCACCACUUUCAUCGCAGUGUUUAUCGGCAUCAUUAUGGUUCUGAUUAUCCACCCGGGCAAAGGCUCAAAGGAUGAAUUCACCAAACAGCAGAAGAUCGAGCAGGUCAGCCCAGCUGAUGCCUUCCUUGACCUCAUCAGAAACAUGUUUCCUCCUAAUCUGGUUCAGGCCUGCACUCAACAGUUUAAGACCCAAUAUAGCAAGAGGAUCAUUCACGUGAAGAUGAUCGUGAACGAGUCGAUAUUCAACCUAACUAACACCACCCAGGAGAUUGCCCAAGAGGAAGUGAUCCCUCUCCCAGGCACCACCAACGGGGUUAAUGCCCUCGGGCUGGUGGUGUUUUCAAUGUGCUUCGGCUUGAUCAUUGGGAAUAUGAAGGAACAGGGACAGGCUCUCAGAGACUUCUUCGACUCCCUCAAUGAGGCCAUCAUGCGACUUGUUGCUAUUAUUAUGUGGUAUGCACCAAUUGGUAUCCUCUUUCUGAUUGCUGGAAAAAUCGUGGAGAUGGAUGACAUCACUGAAAUGGGCGGUCAGCUCGGCAUGUAUACGAUUACAGUAAUAAUUGGCCUCAUGAUACAUGGCAUGAUCAUUCUACCGACUUUGUACUUCGUCAUCACACGGAAAAACCCCUUCAUCUUCAUCACGGGUUUGCUGCAGGCCCUCAUCACGGCUCUCGGCACUUCUUCCAGGUUAGUCGGACAAUGUCAAGCUGCCGAAAUCAGGAAUAAUUUGCUCUCAUUUCACUUUUUCAUAUUUUUUUUUUUAUCUCCCAGCUCAGCCACUCUUCCGGUUACCUUCAAAUGCCUUGAGGAGAAUAACAAAGUCGACAAACGAGUGACUCGAUUCGUGCUGCCUGUUGGAGCAACAAUCAACAUGGAUGGAACAGCGCUGUAUGAAGCCCUGGCAGCCAUCUUUAUUGCUCAGGUUAACAACAUGGAAAUGAACUUUGGGCAGAUCAUAACCAUCAGCAUCACAGCCACUGCUGCAAGUAUUGGGGCGGCCGGAAUCCCUCAGGCUGGUCUGGUCACCAUGGUGAUUGUGCUGACCUCUGUCGGACUCCCAACUGAUGACAUCAGCCUCAUCAUUGCAGUUGAUUGGUUCCUUGAUCGACUUCGCACAACAACUAACGUCCUGGGAGACUCUAUAGGAGCUGGGAUCAUAGAGUUCCUGUCCAAAGAUGAACUUCAGAACAGCGAUGUGGAGUUGGGGAGCUCAGUCCUGGAGGAAAAUGAAGUGAAGAAACCUUAUCAGAUCAUCCCUCAGGAGAACGAGUACGAGAAUGAGAAACCGCCAGACAGCGAAACUAAGAUGUAGAGGCUUCAUAUGCAACACCCAACCAAGUAUUUUUUGCAUGCUUGCGUUUGUAUAUGUACAGUGGCCCAAAAAUAUUUGAACACUUAAAAUACACUGUUCAGAAUUGUAAGAAUUGCUUUUAAUUAGCAAAUAUCUAACUGAAUGGCAUUUAUAUGAAAGAAAUCUACAUGCAUGCUAUUUAAGCAAAACAAAAAGUAUUUGGACACUUUCUGGUUGUCAUAUUUUGAAUAAUGUUAGUAAUUAGGGAUAUGAACUAGACUACAUGCAUUCACAAAAAUGAUUAAAAAAGUGAAGUUAGUUUUGAGAAAACCUUCCAGAUGCGAUUCGGGUUGAUAUUUUGUUACCCAUGCAGAAAAAUUCAUACAUUUUUGAAGUGUUGCUUAAGUGUCCAAAUUUUUGUGGGGCCAUUGUGUAUGUACUGUAUAUUUUGUUUUGUUUUUUAAUAUUUCAUUUUCAAAUUUCUUUUGACCUUUUACUGUAAUUUUGUUCUUGUGCUUUAUCUCCUUAUCUGCUUUGUCUCCAGGUCAUACCAAUUGUUAAUUUGAUUUGGCAGGAGAGUAUUACCUUGACAAAAAUACAUCAAAAUAAUUUUUUUGUAUUGCUUUUUCAUUAUUUUAAUAAUUAGCUGAAAUGGGAAUCUAUGUGGAAGGAAUUGGUAUGUUGGUGACCAGCAUUCGUCACACAGGCUAUAAUAGGAGCAGCAAGAUUUAAACCUCAAGAGUGUUAAAACGAACAGAGCCAUGAAUGUACACAGGACUGAUUGUAAGCAGAAAUGAAUAUCAGUAAAUUAUUCAUGACUCAAGUUGAGUAACAUGGGCAGGAUUGCAAGAUUAAAAACUUUUGGGCUCCGCAUAUGAAGUGAUCAUCUAAAAGUGGAGGAUAAAAUAUCAGACUGUAAAUAUCAAGAGAAAAUUUGUGCUUUGAAAGCUACUUUACACAUCUUUAUGUAUGAGAAGACUUUUAUGAGUGUUUCAGCAGCUAUUACAGCAGAUAUUUGAGUUUUCUCAGCAGCUCCGCACAACUAAUCCUAAAUGGACACACAUAUACUUAUGAGUUUAUGAGAUUUUUUUUAUUGUUUUGUAUUCUGCUACAGUUCAUCCACUGACCCUUUUAUUGCCAUUUGCUAACAUUAAUGAUAAAUAGAAAUAAUAUAUAGCUGCUACUGAUUAUUAAUUGUAAGAAAAUGGACUGAAUGUCCCCAGUUCAAUGGUUGCAAUGAUAUGCAGAACUGAGUCAUUAUAAAAACUGCAAAAAAAUUUAAAACAUGCUAUAGACACAAGUUGGAAACUGUGAUCUUAAAUUUGUUUGCCUUUUUUUAAAAUGCUUAGAUUUUUUUCCAGGUUGCUGUAUAUUUCCUGUCAAGUCCAUAAAAAGCAAAAUGGGUGAUUAGAAUUAUAGAAUAAAGAGCAUAAGGAUGUUGUGUGUUAAAUAUAGUUUUGAAUAAAAUGGAGAGUGGCGAA